CUUAUAUCAUUGGUGGUUGAAGGCAAGUUGGUGUGGCUGCGUGGCAGCACUCCGCCCCUUGUAGAUUAUGUUUCUAAGCUAGUCACUAUCAACGGAGAAUUAUACAAAUCUGGCGCCGAGAGCAGCGUCAGGAAUGAGAAUAUCGAGACGAUCACAGAAGAGCUCCUCAGCCUGAUUAGAAAGGUCAAAGGAGUGAACUCGAGGAUCAAGUCGUUCAGGAUGGCGUUGCGGAGUGUGUGGAGUGAGCAGAAGAUUCAGGAAAUCGAGCGGAGGUUGGAGAUGUUUCGGGAAGCGAUCAACCUUCGCGUGGUGGUGAAUUUCAGGACACAAUUCGAUCUAGUGACUCUACGUCUAGAGGGAAAAUUCGAUAAUCUUGAUGCGAACGCAAGGUUGCUUCUCGAUGCCAUUAUUGACUGUCGCGAUGUGUUUGAGACGAAAUUGGAAGAGCAGACGGAGACCUUGCGAGGCUUCCAUGCUAACACCGCUGCUGUAGCUCGGGCACGUGAGGAAGCCAGAAGCUACUUCACCGACGUUCUUCGACUCUUAAACGUCGUGAGUCAGGACCGCCAUGAAAGUAGUCAGCGGGAAUCAGAGAAAUUGCAGGAGACCAUGCUUCGGAUUGUCGAAGAGAUGGAGGAGCAGAGGGCACUCAUAGAGCGUCUCCAACGCGAAAGGGAAAGAGAUCCAAGUCUUCGCGAGAGACUUGAUCUGCGGGAUAGAUUAAACACUGCGUACGCGGUGCUGUUCAGGCUUGCGAUGGUCUUGGCGGGUUUACAGUUGGAGACGGCUGAAAUCUUGAAUUAUAAGGCGGAUACAUACGGACCAUACCUAG